CCACGCGGCCAACCCGGUAAACUGAAGCUGUGCGACUCGUCCGAGAGAGGUAACGCGAGAGGGAGCACGUUUGCGAGAAAGAGGGAGCGGCUAAAGGCAUGGGGUAGAGGAAUCGGGCAGGCAGGAGCCCAACUCAGAAGUGGUGUGGCAGCGGCCGAGCGAGUGCCCUGGUGGAGGUCUUACAUGUGCGGUUUGCUUGCGCGAAGAGUUUUCGAGAGGAGGGCCGAUACUGCGCGGACAGGUUACCGAUACGGGUGAUAUUAGUAAAAGAUUCGAUAGGAGGAUAGGUCGAGUAUUAGGAUCCCAGAUAAAAGGAGGAUCCCGGUUAAGAGAGUCGAGAUACCGGAACGGGCCUGGAGUUAAGAGACGCGCGACUUACGGUAUAACCGGAGCCAGAAAGGCGGCGCACUUCGGACGCAUUGUGUGCGCGCUAAACAAAGAUGGCCGACGGGGACUCGAGGGUAGACCGGUCUGACCCGGAGCUACGUUUCCUCUCUGUGGACAGGAACAGCUUCAACGAUCCGGCGACGCAAGCGGAAUGGACCCAGAAGAAGCUGGUAUGGGUACCUCACGAGAGCCAGGGAUUUGUCGCUGCUGGGAUAAAGGGAGAACGUGGAGAUGAGGUCGAGGUGGAAAUCGCCGAGACCGGCAAACGUGUCCUCGUAGCUAAGGACGAUAUCCAAAAGAUGAAUCCACCGAAAUUCGACAAGGUCGAGGACAUGGCUGAGCUGACCUGCCUGAACGAGGCAUCUGUACUUCACAAUCUCAAGGAUCGUUACUACUCGGGGCUUAUUUACACGUACUCCGGUCUCUUCUGCGUCGUUGUAAAUCCAUACAAGAGAUUGCCGAUCUACACAGAAAAGAUUAUGGAGAGGUAUAAGGGCAUAAAGAGGCACGAGGUACCCCCGCACGUAUUCGCCAUCACGGACACUGCCUACCGUUCUAUGUUACAAGAUCGAGAGGAUCAGUCGAUUUUAUGCACCGGCGAGUCCGGCGCUGGAAAAACAGAAAACACGAAGAAAGUCAUUCAAUAUCUUGCAUACGUUGCAGCCUCAAAGCCUAAAUCGAAUGCGACCCCAAGCCCGGCGUUAAUCAUAGGCGAACUGGAACAGCAACUACUUCAAGCGAAUCCAAUACUGGAAGCUUUUGGAAAUGCAAAAACAGUGAAGAACGACAAUUCGUCACGUUUUGGUAAAUUCAUUAGAAUCAAUUUCGAUGCAUCCGGAUACAUUGCUGGAGCAAACAUUGAAACGUAUCUUCUGGAAAAAUCCAGAGCUAUUCGACAAGCCAAGGAUGAAAGGACCUUCCACAUAUUUUAUCAGCUGCUGGCAGGAGCCUCGGCCGAACAGAAAAAGGAAUUUAUUCUUGAGGAUCCUAAGCUCUAUCCUUUCCUAUCGAAUGGAGCAUUACCAGUACCAGGGGUGGACGAUGCUGCUGAAUUCGCAGCCACCGUAAAAUCCAUGAACAUAAUGGGAAUGACCAACGAAGACUUUGCAUCCAUAUUCCGUAUUGUUUCUGCAGUCAUGUUGUUCGGUUCAAUGCAAUUUCGCCAAGAGAGAAAUUCCGACCAAGCCACUCUACCGGAUAACACUGUGGCUCAGAAGAUUUCACAUCUUCUGGGUCUCAGCGUAACGGAAAUGACUAAGGCAUUUUUGAAGCCUAGAAUCAAAGUCGGUCGCGACUUUGUAACUAAGGCACAGACCAAGGAACAAGUUGAGUUCGCUGUGGAAGCCAUCUCCAAGGCCUGUUACGAGAGGAUGUUCCGCUGGUUGGUUAAUAGGAUCAACAGAUCAUUAGACAGAACCAAGAGGCAGGGAGCAAGUUUCAUCGGUAUCCUUGAUAUGGCUGGUUUUGAGAUCUUCGAGUUGAACUCCUUCGAACAGCUGUGCAUCAACUAUACUAAUGAGAAGCUUCAGCAGCUCUUCAAUCAUACUAUGUUCAUCCUGGAGCAGGAGGAAUAUCAGCGUGAAGGUAUCGAGUGGAAGUUCAUUGAUUUUGGUCUUGAUCUUCAACCCACCAUAGACCUCAUAGAUAAGCCUAUGGGCAUAAUGGCUCUUCUCGAUGAAGAGUGCUGGUUCCCCAAGGCAACUGAUAAGACGUUCGUGGAAAAAUUGGUAGGAGCUCAUAGUGUUCAUCCUAAAUUUAUGAAGACAGAUUUCCGGGGCGUAGCUGAUUUUGCUAUUAUUCAUUACGCCGGUAAAGUUGAUUAUUCUGCUGCCAAAUGGCUUAUGAAAAAUAUGGAUCCUCUUAAUGAGAAUGUCGUUAGUCUUUUGCAAGCAUCUCAGGAUCCGUUUGUCUGUCACAUCUGGAAGGAUGCUGAAAUUGUUGGUAUGGCUCAGCAAGCACUUACCGAUACACAGUUUGGUGCCAGAACCAGGAAGGGCAUGUUCCGUACAGUAUCUCAAUUGUACAAGGAGCAAUUGGCUAAAUUGAUGGUCACCUUACGUAACACAAAUCCCAACUUCGUCAGGUGUAUCAUUCCUAAUCAUGAGAAGAGAGCUGGUAAGAUUGACGCACCACUGGUACUGGAUCAGCUGAGAUGCAAUGGUGUCCUGGAGGGCAUUCGUAUCUGUAGACAAGGAUUCCCAAAUAGGAUACCUUUCCAGGAGUUCAGACAGCGAUAUGAACUUCUUACACCGAAUGUCAUUCCUAAAGGUUUCAUGGACGGAAAGAAAGCUUGUGAAAAAAUGAUUCAAGCUCUGGAACUAGAUCCCAAUCUGUACCGUGUGGGUCAAUCGAAAAUAUUUUUCCGCGCGGGUGUUUUGGCACACCUUGAAGAGGAGCGUGAUUACAAGAUCACAGAUCUUAUUGUCAACUUCCAAGCAUUUUGUCGUGGCUUCUUGGCUAGACGUAAUUAUCAGAAACGUCUGCAGCAGCUUAAUGCUAUUCGCAUUAUCCAGAGGAAUUGCGCAGCUUAUUUGAAACUCCGCAAUUGGCAAUGGUGGCGGCUUUAUACGAAGGUGAAGCCACUAUUGGAGGUGACCAAACAGGAAGAGAAGCUUACGCAGAAAGAAGAUGAGCUGAAACAGGUUCGUGACAAGUUGGAGUUGCAGCUGCACUCUGCGCAGGAGUACGAAAGAAAGUACCAACAAGCUAUCGAAGAAAAGACAAUGCUGGCUGAACAAUUACAAGCCGAAGUUGAACUUUGUGCUGAAGCUGAGGAAAUGCGUGCUAGGCUCGCUGCUAGGAAACAGGAACUUGAAGAAAUUCUUCACGACCUGGAGGCUCGUAUUGAGGAGGAGGAAGAGAGGAGCACUGCAUUGACUGCGGAGAAGAAGAAAUUGCAGUUGAAUAUUAGUGACUUGGAAGAACAGUUGGAAGAAGAAGAGGGGGCACGACAGAAAUUGCAGCUAGAGAAAGUACAGUGCGAUGCAAAGAUCAAGAAACUUGAGGAAGACCUAGCACUGUCCGAUGAUACUAAUCAGAAACUUCUGAAGGAAAAGAAACUCUUGGAGGAACGAUCGAAUGAUCUGUCCCAGACUUUGGCUGAGGAAGAAGAAAAAGCUAAGCACUUGGCAAAACUAAAAGCCAAACACGAAGCAACCAUAGCUGACCUGGAGGAAAGAUUGCUUAAGGAUCAUCAACAGAGACAGGAAGUAGACAGAUCUAAAAGGAAAGUAGAAACGGAAGUGUCAGAUCUCAAGGAACAAUUGGCAGAAAGGAAAACCCAGGUAGAAGAGCUGCAGCUUCAGUUAGGAAAGCGUGAAGAGGAAUUGACCCAGGCGAUGAUGAAAAUUGACGAGGAGGCUGCUGCUAAGGCCCAGUCACAGAAAGCACUCAGGGAAGUAGAGUCACAAUUAGCAGAACUUCAGGAAGAUCUUGAGGCUGAGAAAGCUUCCAGAAGUAAGGCUGAAAAACUUAGGCGUGACCUUAAUGAGGAAUUGGAAGCUCUGAAAAAUGAACUUCUGGACUCAUUGGAUACUACAGCUGCACAACAAGAAUUGCGAAGUAAACGGGAACAGGAACUCGCCACGUUGAAAAAGAAUCUCGAGGAUGAGACUUCCGUUCACGAAGCGACGCUUUCUGAAAUGCGUCAUAAGCACACUCAAGAACUAACUGCUCUAAAUGAGCAAAUGGACGCCCUGAAGAAAACAAAAGCAGGCCUUGAAAAGGUUAAGGGUUCCCUAGAAGCGGAGAACGCUGAUCUGGCCACUGAACUUAGAUCUAUUGGUGCCAGCAGACAAGAGUCUGAUCGUAGACGGAAACAAGCAGAGCAACAGUUAGCUGAGCUGAACGCAAAGGUAGCUGAAGUUGAAAGAGCUAGACAGGAACUCGCAGAGAAAGCAGCGAAACUCCAACAAGAAGCUGAAAGUAUUUCCCAGCAACUAGAAACAGCAGAAUUAAAAGCCUCCGCCGCGCUGAAAGCGUCAGCUACCUGCGAGGCUCAAUUCACAGAGAUUCAACAACAGCUGGAAGAAGAAACCAGACAAAAAUUGGCAUUAAGUUCCAAAUUGCGUGCACUGGAAAGCGAAAAGGAGAGCUUGCACGAUCAGCUGGAGGAAGAGGAAGAAGCAAAACGUGCUCUGGAUAAACAAGUUCAAAGUUUAAUAGUUCAAUUGGCUGAAGCAAAGAAGCGCGGCGAUGAAGAGGCGGAGGCGGCUGUUGCUCUCGAGGAAGCCAGAAAGAGGUGUAUGAAGGAUAUUGAAGCACUUCAAAGACAGGUCGAGGAACUUCAGGCAGCCAAUGACAAACUGGACAAGUCUAAGAAGAAGAUCCAGGCAGAGUUGGAGGACAGCAACAUCGAACUCGAAGCACAGAGAGCUAAAGUACUCGAGUUGGAAAAGAAGCAAAAGAACUUCGACAAAGUCCUUGCCGAGGAGAAGGCUGUCUCCGAGCAGUAUGCUGAACAGAGAGACGCUGCAGAACGUGAAGCCCGUGAGAAGGAAACUAGAGUAUUAUCUUUAACCAGGGAGUUGGAUGAGUUGAACGACAAGGUCGAGGAACUGGAGCGAGGUCGUAGAGGACUUCAAGCUGAACUCGACGAAUUGGUUAACAACCAAGGUACCGCAGACAAGAAUGUGCAUGAAUUGGAAAAGGCCAAACGCGCGCUGGAAUCACAACUUGCCGAGCAACGUUCCCAAGUUGAGGAACUUGAAGAUGAGCUUCAGUUUACAGAGGAUGCAAAAUUGAGACUGGAAGUAAAUAUGCAAGCACUUAGGGCGCAGUUCGAACGCGACCUUCAAGCCAAGGAAGAGCAGGCGGAAGAGAAGCGUCGAGGUUUGGUCAAACAGUUGCGCGACCUGGAAGCUGAACUCGAGGACGAGAGGAAACAGCGUGCAGCCGCUAUUGCCCAGCGUAAGAAAAUGGAAGCCGACCACAAGGACAUGGAGCAACAAUUAGAAAUGCACAACAAGGUCAAGGAAGAUGCACUUAAACAGCUGAAGAAACUUCAAGCCCAGCUUAAAGACUCCACGAGGGAAACCGAGGAGGCUAGAGCUGCCAGGGAUGAGCUUGCAGCUGGUGCAAAGGAAACUGAACGUAAAGUGAAGAGUCUCGAAGCUGAACUGACGCAGCUCACUGAAGACCUGGCCAGUAGUGAACGUGCCCGUCGUGCUGCUGAGAGUGAACGCGAUGAACUCCAGGAGGAGAUCCAUAACAACGCCAACAAGAACACCCUCUUGUUGGAUGAGAAGCGACGACUAGAAGCUAGAAUCACGUCUCUCGAAGAAGAUCUCGAAGAAGAGCAGUCGAGCGGCGAGGUCGUUAUGGACAAGGCAAGAAAGGGUCAGCUAAUAAUCGAACAGUUGACCUCCGACCUAGCCACAGAGCGUUCCACCACACAAAAGCUAGAGUCCCAGAGGGUGCUUCUCGAGAGACAGAACAAGGAACUCAAAGCGAAGUUAGCAGAACUCGAAACGGCUCAGCGCACCAAGACGAAGGCAACGAUCCAAGCAUUGGAAUCGAAAAUCAACAAUCUCGACGAGCAACUCGAAGCCGAGGCUAAGGAACGCUUCGGGCAGCAAAAGAUCAACCGGAAGUUGGACAAGAAGCUGAAAGAAAUGGGUCUUCAACUCGAGGACGAGAGAAGAAACGCAGAUCAGUAUAAGGAGCAAGUCGAGAAAGUAAACGCCCGACUGAAGACACUGAAGAGACAACUCGACGAAGCCGAAGAAGAAAUCGGCCGGGAAAAAUCACAGAAGAGGAAAGCACAGAGAGAAAUGGAAGAUAUGAUGGAAUCCCAGGAAGCCCUGACAAGAGAAGUGGCCAACUUGAAGAGCAAGCUCAGGCGUGGCGCACCAGGUAUAAGUCUAACCUCCACGCGAUUAUCAAAACGUGGUUCGGUACAGACCGGUGGUUCUGGCGAUGAUUCGACAACCCAGGACGAGAGUAUCGACGGCGAGGAGACGGUCAACUGAGGAUCUCCAAUAAGAAUAACAUACGUACCAGCAAAAAUGCAGCGCAUAAUAGGCAACCACAGUCUGAUAAGGGAAGAAGUCAUGGCGUGGAUAUGAAGAGCGUGUCUCUUCACUGUUUAGAAUGUAGGAAGGAAACGCAUACGGAUCAUCCAAUGAAUCCGGGUCGCUUCGGCAAAAGCAGAUCGUAUUGUGCCGACACGGUAGAUGCGAUUGUAAAAGCACGAAAAUAAUUAAUGGCGGCACACGUGAUGAUAUGACGGAAACCACGUGUGCGUAUACCAGGUGAUAGGCGAUAGGAAACAAUUUCUUUCUUUUUUCUUUUUUUUUUUUCCUUUCUUUUUUCAUUUCUCAUCAUCAAUCGACCUUUCCACCUCGACCUAAUUCCAAUCCUAACCUUAAUUUUUAUAUCUAAACGCAGUUCUUUCCCCUGUUUUUCCUUCUUCUUCUUCUUACACGUUCUUCCUUCUCUUCCUGUAUCGUAUAGGAGUAUCAUUACCGCUAAUUAUCUCCUCACAGUUAAAAAAGAGAUGCCAUCAAAAAAAAAAAGAAAACGAAUGGGUAACAAAAGAAUAAAAAAAAACCAUGUGUUUACAAUGUGUACAUAACUUUAAAUCUUCGGCUUACUUACUAACUCUGGGACCGCCGAGCGGUUUCAUUAUCAUUGAGCGAAAUACGACGGGACGGGAAUAUACGGGAUAACGAUUAUUCAAAAUAAUAAAUUUGCAUGCGAGGUGCCCGCGAGUAUCGAAAAUUUUACAACAAGCGGAAAUGAAUAUUCGAUGAAAAACUCGAAAAAAAUGGAAAGUUAAUGAAAGCGCAUGAAUUAAACGAAACAAGAUACUCCGAAAAAAUGGAGAAUAUUACUGAAAGUCGACGGCAAAUAGAGAACCAAUUUGUUUUAAAAAAAAAUAUAUAUGAGGGCGAUUCGCUGCAUAAUGAACAUAACAACUGAAUAACACACUUAGAUAGAAUUAAGACAUUAAUGUUUAUUAUUAUUAUAUUAUUAUUUUAUUUUAUUUUAUUCCUAUUAUUACGAUCAUCGUCAUUGACGCCCUUACCCGAUCCUCUAGCCAAUAUAUUAUUGUAGUAAUUAUUUUGUAAUAAUUAACUAAUAAUAUGGAGAGCGGUGUCAUAGAGAAACCCAAUAAUUCUAUGGCAACGUUUGACAAGGCGUUAUACCUCCUGCAAAACUUUAGAGUUUCAUUUUAAAAGGUUUUUUCCAUGAGAAUACAUUUUUUUUUGUUCUUUACGGUAUGCUCGCUUUAUUACGAUUUGUUCUUAAUAUCAUCGUCAUCGCGGUGUCAUUUCAAUUAAUCCCAUUCUCCCGUAUCCAAUUCUUUUUCCCUGGGAUUUUAUUGUCUCGAGAAUAACAUUUUUAUAUAGUUCAGUCGCACAUGCAUUUAUAUAUAUAUAUAUUUUUGGCAUUAUAUAAUAUAUAUAAAUAUAUAUGUGUAUAUAUAUAUAUAUAUUUAAUUGAAACGUACCUAAAUUCAAUUUUCCCGUAUAUCCUCACUUCCAGUCCGUUCAAUUCAAUUCCUCAUUACAUAUUUUCCCGUGUCAUUCAACUACACAGGAUCAAUAAACUUACUUAAGGAGAUA